UUCAUCGACUUGCAACGACCCUGUUGCUUAUGGCUCCAAUAUGCGAAAGCUACAGUUACGUUCAAUAUCUCGUUUCAACCAUGCCAGAGACAACCACAGUCUGCAACGGUCAUCUGCGGACGGCUCGGGACAAGGGGCUCUCCAGCUCUGUACGCCUAAUACGAUAUCAUGGUGGCCACCAAAGCUCGAAACAAGUCAGGAUACCUCAUGCCCCCAAAAGUUGGACAACAUUCUCAACCCCAAAGACCACGAUAUAUACAGUCCUAUAUCAGGGGUCAUGGACGACCGCUCUAUGAUCUAUGCCGUUGAGCCACGGGCAUCCCAGAGUACGCGGCCGCUAAUAUUCAUCUCGUUCGAUCCCGCAAUUAGGCUUCUAAGCCUCGUUGACUGGCCCGGUGGCCCAACAAUGUCACUGCGGACUCAGCCGAAGACACAGGGAGACAAUGCGACAAGCGCCCGUCCCUAUCCCACACCGCAGUUGCUGCCGGCCUUGGCGCCCGCCUCAAGGCAUAUCUCUUUCAGUGAGGGGUCAUGUCCUGGACCAAGGCACCCAUCACCCGGACAGUCAGACGUCCGCUGCCCCGAAGCCCCAACUUGGAUAAGGAGAGCUCCUGCCGCGUACUUGCAGAGCACUUCCACUUCCGAAAACCCGUCAGGCUUCAACUUUGCACAUGUCCGGUAUCGUGAAGCUUGCUGAGAACCCGCGGAAACUUAUCACUGCGUUAUUCUUCGAUCAUCAAUGUCUCCGAGCGUAGUGGAGAAGGCGGGUUGGCCGAUAAGACAAAUGAUUUAGAGAAACUGUUACGAGCGCUCACUCGGAUCCACUCCACACAACACUCGGAUUACCUUAUAAUCAGUUGUCAGCCUGGCCUCACCCAGGAGCGACAGGGCUUGCAUAGAGGAUGGACUCAAACGCCCCCGGGACACACUUCCGUAGCUCUUCAGUAAUCAACUUUGUGAUUAUC